AUGAGAUCAGGAAACACCUAUCCCACCCCCUCCUCCCUCUCCCUCCGACCCUCCUCCCCCUUCACCCUCCCGGGGGCCCCAGGUCGUGCCUCUCCCGGUAGCGCCUUACUGCAGGGGGACAGCUGUAACCGUCGCUCUCUCAGUAGAAGAGUCAUAUCUGGGGAGGCUAACGAACAUGAUGCUGACGAGGCAGAGAACAGUCUCUCCAGAUCAGAACACCUCAAACACCAGCAGAGAGUGGCAGGGAAGAAACCUCACCGCUGCUCUGACUGUGGAAAGAGUUUCACCUCUUCGUCAAAACUUAAAACACACCAGAGAUAUCAUACUGGAGAGAAACCUUAUAGCUCUUCAGACUGCAGGAUAAGUAUUUUGCAACUAGGAAACUUAACAAAACACCAGCUGACCCACACAGGAGAGAAACCUUUUAGCUGUGAUCAAUGUGGGAGGAGAUUCACGAAGUCAGGAGCCCUGACAAUUCACCAACGAAUACACACAGGAGCAAAACCGUUUCACUGCACAGACUGUGGGAAGAGUUUUGUUCAAUUAGGCAACCUGAAAAGUCAUCUGCGGACACGCACACAAGAGAAGCCUUACCACUGCUCUGUCUGUGAGAAGAGCUUUUCAACAUCACAGGGUAAUAAGGUGCACCAGAGAACGCACAUCGGAGAGAAGCCUCACCACUGCUCUGACUGUGGGAAGAGUUUAGCUCAUUCAAGAAAUCUGAUAACGCACCAGCGCAUACACACAGGAGAGAGGCCAGACUCUCGCUCUGACACCAGGAAGAGUCCUACAGGGAAUCGGCCCCAGAGACGUCCAAACCAGCAAGACCCCACCACUGUUCCCAGUGUGGAAAGAGAUUUAUCAGGUUAGGGCACCUGAAACAACAUAAGAGAACACACACAGGGGAGAAGCCUUAUCACUGCUCCCAGUGUGGAAAGGGUUUUGGACACUUGGGGUAUCUAAAAGUGCAUGAAAGAACACAUUCUGUAGAGAGGCCUUUUCAAUGCUCUCAGUGUGAGAAGAGAUUUUUCUCAUCAGGGGACCUGAAAUCACAUGAGAAAACACACUUAGUAGAGAGGCCUUUCCAAUGCUCUCGGUGUGGAAAGGGAUUUAUCCAGUCAUCGCAUCUGAAAGACCAUGAAAGAAUACACACAGGAGAGAAGCCAUUCCAAUGCUCCCAUUGUGGAAAGAGUUUUACCCAGAGAGGUAAGCUGACAAAUCAUGAAAGAAGACAUACAGGAGAGAAGCCGUAUCACUGCUCUCAGUGUGGAAAGGGUUUUGGACAGUCAGGGCAUUUAAAAGUGCAUGAAAGAACACACACUGGAGAGAAGCCGUAUCAAUGCUCCCAGUGUGAAAAUAAAUUUUUGUCAUCAGGGUACCUGAAAUCACAUGAGAAAACACACUUAGUAGAGCGGCCUUUCCAAUGCUCUCAGUGUGGAAAGGGAUUUAUCCAGUCAUCGCAUCUGAAAGACCAUGAAAGAAUACACACAGGAGAGAAGCCAUUCCAAUGCUCCCAGUGUGGAAAGAGUUUUACCCAGAGGGGAAGCUGAAAGAUCAUGAAAGAACACAUACAGGGAGAAGCCUCAUCACUGCUCUCAGUGUGGAAAGAGUUUUGGACAGUCAGGGCAUUUAAAAGUGCAUGAAAGAACACACACUGGAGAGAAGCCAUAUCAAUGCUCCCAGUGUGAAAAGAAAUUUUUCUCAUCAGGGGACCUGAAAUCACAUGAGAGAACACACUUAGUAGAGAGGCCUUUCCAAUGCUCUCAGUGUGGAAAGGGAUAUAUUCACUCAUGGCAUCUGAAAGAGCAUAUGAGAAUACACACGAGAACAACCAUUCCAGUGCUCUCAGUGUGGAAAGGGGUUUAACUGGGUAGUGAGCCUGAAAACGCAUAAAAUGACACACACAGGAGAGAAGCCUUUCCACUGCUCCCAGUGUGGAACAAGUUUGGCCCAUUUAGGGAAUCUAAAAAUGCACGAGAGGGCACACUCAGGAGAGAAGCCUCACCUCUGUUCCCAGUGUGGAAAGGGUUUUGUUCAGUUAAGGGGCCUGAAAGAAAAUGAGAGACACACGUGGGUAGAAGACGCGAAUGAAGCCCUGCUCCAAUGAUUUCAAAACCAGUGUUUACAUUACCUAGAUAUGAAAAAACAACCAGUUGAAUAAUGGAAUGUAUUUACAAAUUCUUCAACUACAUAUCAUAUUAAGAAUUUGAAAGACAGUAUAAUAAAUACUAGAAUUAUUUGGAUGUAUUUAGAAUAGUUGUGAAUGUACUUAGUAGUUUAAAAAACAGUAACAAUAUAAAGCCCUCAACUCUACAACAAACAACUUCACAUGGUCUUAUUUCACUGUUUAAUCACAAUAUAAAGCCCUCAACUCUACAUUGGUGUCCCAUCUGGUGAGGCUUCUUCUGCUCAUCUGCUUCUUUCAGAUUUUUGACAAGCUUUCCAUUGUACCUGGCAGAGCAAUUG